GUAAAAUGUCUGCUCCAGGAUACUACCAGGCGGCCGCUGGGCCUUCCUCGGUGCCAACUGCGCCCCCGUCCUAUGAAGAGACGGUGGGCGUUAACAGUUACUUCCCCACGCCUCCAGCCCCCGCGCCUGGGCCAACCACGGGGCUCGUGACAGGCCCAGAUGGGAAGGGCAUGAAUCCACCUGCGUACUAUACCCAGCCAGUGCCCGUCCCCAACGCCAACGCAAUUGCCGUGCAGACAGUCUACGUGCAGCAGCCUGUCUCCUUUUUUGACCGCCCAGUCCAGAUGUGUUGUCCUUCCUGCAACAAGAUGAUCGUAACUCAUCUGUCCUAUAACGCCGGUGCCCUCACCUGGCUCUCCUGCGGGAGCCUGUGCCUGCUGGGGUGUGUGGCGGGCUGCUGCUUCAUCCCCUUCUGCGUGGACGCCCUGCAGGACGUGGACCACUACUGUCCCAACUGCAAAGCUCUCCUGGGCACCUACAAGCGCUUGUAGGACUCGGCCAGACCUGGAGGGAGCCGUGUGCUGCAGAAAGUCCUUUCCGACUCUCACCCAGCCCCAGCCCUGGCGGAGGGUCCACCUUG